AUGUCCCAAAUAAAGUAUUUUUUGGUUGCCAGCGAGCUCGAUUCAGAUCCAGCUGCUGAAUUCUCGCAUCAGUGUGCAUUCCUGGUUCCGGAUCAAAAGCAAUUGGAUUUGCAGGGCAUAAGAUCAAGAGCGAAACGACAAACAGCAUGCGCUGGAUGUGAUAAUAUAUCGAUAGCAAGGGCAAAUGAUUUGGGCGACAAUGAAGCGAAUGGCCGAGCGACCGUUGAAUAUGGUGCAAAUGCCCAGAAUUGUCGUACUGCAAGAGUUACUUGCGGUUCCGAUGGCCUGGUACAUUUUUAG